AUGUCCAGUGCACCAAUCGGCAGUAUCAGAACAGAGGUCACUCUAGCGCCGAUUUUGCUUGACGGAGACACAUGCCAGCACGAGCAAAGUCUGUUCCGCCAUGCUGCGUUCGACGUAGCCAGUCGGCUCUCGACUACCGAACAAGUGGGUACGAAUGAGCCAAUGCUGGGUAAUACAGAAGUAGACGACAACGACGAGGAUGGGAGGCCUGUGGAUGGACAACUUCUGGUGAAAGCGGUCUGGCUUGAGCCUACCAUGUAUAGUGCUAUGGUUGGUCGACCGAUCGAGGAUGUCCCAAAAUAUGCAAGAACGUUGGACUAUAUGGAGUCCAUCCAGAGGGGCCUCGCGACGAUGCGAGGGGAGGAGCGCGGGUCGGAGGAUGAGGACGACGAAAUGGAUUAUGAUGGCGUUGACUCCGAAAACGAAGGGGUAUGGGGCACCUAUAGGCAAUAG